UCUCAAAAGCUUCAACACACUUUCAAGUUUAAGAAUAAUAAUAAGAAGAAGACCGACACAACAUGGAGGCAGUUCAGACGUGGGUCUCAGAGCACAAGCUAACCAGCAUUGGGGCACUAUGGGCCUCUGGAAUUGGAGCAUCACUCGUGGCUUAUACGCGCACUAAGUCUCCAUUGAAGCCUAGUCUCAGGCUUAUCCAUGCUAGGAUGCACGCACAGGCGCUAACUUUAGCAGUGUUGUCCGGUGCAGCUGCUUAUCACUACUAUGAGAAUCGCGCUGAUCAACCAAAACCAUUCGCUGAUGGAUCUGCUCCCAAUGUCACCCAGCUGGUUGAAUGGCAACUCCACUGUCCUUUCUAAAUUCAAAGUGAAGCUAUUGGGGUCAUGUUAUCAUGAUGACCAGUGGUUAAUUUCUAUAAUCUAACUAUUUCUUUUGCCUACCAAUUAAGAAUAUUGUUGUCUAUUUUUAUGUAUGAUCAGACACCAGAACG